AUAAUUUGAAAUGCUGAAGACACUGUAUUUUAAAAACACCGUAAAUGCUUCAUAUAUCUAUAUCAUACGUUACAAUAUAUGUAUGUAUAGAUGAGCAAUUUCACGUUUAUGGCUAUGCUAUGUUCACUUAGAUCUAUAGCAGUCUCGCCAUAACUCCUAGGCCAAUAUGAGGCAGGAAAGAGAGUAAGGUAGGGAGAGUAGCAACCAGUGAAAGUGGAUCAAUACACCGUAAGCGUUAGGUAUCCGUCGGCGUGUAUAGUUUAGUAGUGGCAACGAGACCUGAGAACAAAUCUUCUACUGAAAACUUUAAAGUGUUACUGGGAAAAUUCAGUGGUGUUUCAAUUAUUGAAAAAAUAAUUUCUGCUACAUUAAACGCCCUUCUGAUCAUGCGCGAUGUGAAUAUAUGUACAUAUUAGAAAAAGAAUUGAGUGAUGGUCGUGAGAGUUCGCUGAAUGACGAAAGCAAGAGGAACCUUUAAAUAACGAUUAAUCGGAAGUGGUUUGGAUUUGCUGUGACGCGACUCCAUAGACCAAAAAGUCACUUGUUUACUUGACUGAUACAACGUAUUACGUUAUUUUCUAAUAACGGGAAAAAAUGGUCUGGAAGCUGAGCCUGUCUUACCUGCGAUUACUGCGUUGGACAAUUUUCAUACCCUUAAUCAUAUACUUUUCACUUUUCUUUGUGAAGUAUAAUAAAAGUUUACCACUGAAAAGCUCAGUACCAGAAGAGAUUCGAGGUAAUCCAGCAAUAAUUAAGAGUCUCUCGAUUGAAGUGGAGACCCCAGGGGUAGAGAGGACAGUUGAAAAGGAUUAUGAUAAAUACGAAAAGGCCGGAAUGGAUCACAGAGACGAUAAUAGCAUACGAGAAGUGGAGCAGGUCGAGAAUCAAGAGAAUCCACAAAAGCUUCUAGAAGAUACAUUCCAGAGAGCUGACACAGACAGGAAUCAAUUGCUGGACAUUCAGGAAUUAGCUAAAUGGAUACACGCGAAGAUUACAGAGCAUAUUAAUCGCGCGAUGAGAGAGAACAUAGGCCUGUUCACUGCUAUAGACAAUAAUCCUAGAAACGGUGAAGUUUCCUGGGAAGAGUAUCACGCCCACUUCCUGAGAUCUCAUGGGUUUUCGGAUAGUUAUAUUAAUUCUCACGACAAAAGACACGGGGAAAUGUCCAGGUCCUUGAAAGAAACUAUUAUGAGAGACAGAGCACGGUGGGCCGAGGCCGCCACUAACGAUCCUGAAAGACUGGCAUUGGAUGAAUUCUUGGCAUUUACGCAUCCGGAAAGCAGUCAUAGGGCGCUUUUGCAAAUGGUGGAGGAUCUCUUGGAGAAGUUUGAUCAGGACAGUGACGAGCAAUUGACGGAAAAUGAAUUUUCAAGUUUACCAUCGGAUGGUGUAGGUCUGGAUCUACGUGAAGAUCAGAACGAGCCAGUACCGGGAAGUGAAGAUCGUCGUAAGGAAUUUCGUCAUCUUAUUGAUAAAAAUAAAGAUGGCAAAGCUGACCGCACAGAACUUUUGAUGUAUAUUGAUCCAAGAAAUCCAAGACAUGCCAUUCAGGAUGCCCAACAUUUGAUUGUACUGUCGGAUGCGAAUCAAGAUGGGAAGCUUAGUUUACCAGAGAUAUUGAGUAAGAUGGAUUUAUUUUUGGGUAGCAAAAUGGUAGAUACCGAAAGGAGUUUUCAUGACGAAUUUUAAUGAAUUGGAGAAUUAUCAGGAUUUUUUAUCUGACUUUAUUUCCUUUCUCUUGAAAAAUUGUGCUCAUAAGUAUAUUGGAGUGAUAGGUAAUUAAUAUAAAGAUUACAAGGACUCGCUUGGGUAGGUUUUAGUCUGGGACCAGGUGUCGUAUGAUAUAUGAGAUUUUGAAAGACUAUGUUCAAUGGAUCCACGGUGCUGUGAUAAGGAUAUUACAAUCGUGGCAUAUCCCUUUAAUUAUUUACAGUAAAUAGGAACUGAUUGUAUUAAUGGUAGAAAAAAAUCAAUAUUAGAACAGGGUAUACUACUUAGUUAAGGGUUUUAUAGUGACUUGUAUGUACAUGAUGGUUAAGAAUCUUUAUACGUUAAAUUCAAAUGAUUCAAAGUGUAGGGUUAGAAAUUUGGGUAAACUUAAAAUAAGGUAUUCAAUGUACAUGGAUCUUAAUCAAUACUUCAUACUCACCCAUUGUAAUUGUCUUUCAUCUUCAUGCGGCAUGAUGUAAUUAGGUAUUUAGCUAACAUUUCUUAGGUGUACGAUAACGUAAAUAGAACUGUAUCGGACAUGCAUGAUGUGAGUACUUAAAAAGCAAUAUAGUUUGUAAACUGAUGUCACAAUGCUGGUACUAAUUAUUACGUUUAUGAUAACGGUAUGAUUGACAAUGAGAGAAAAUGAGUAAAGAAGAAAAUAUUUAAUAUUGAUAGUACGAAAGGAUUAUUAUAGAUAAUUAAAUUUCUUCGCAGAGAAUACUCGGCAGGUGAUCGGCUUACUCAUUGAUCAAAAGAUGUUUUUUUUUAAAUCAAGUCAUCGAUAUGUAAAUCGCAUUGUCUGAUUAAUCACCUAUAUUAUUAGACAUGUUUUUCCUAAAUUUCUCUAGGAACAAUCUGUGAUAGUAUUUACCAUGUAUAAUUUAUAUUUAUGUGAACGAAUCGUGAGAUAAGGUAAAGCAGAAUUUUCGUUACACUUGUUCUUGACUCUACUCGUUAAUAUUUAUGGAUAUCGAUUACAAAUUGUGAAUAAUAUGUAUAAACUUUGAAUGCCAUGAUUCUGUAGAAAAAAAAACAGCAGCGUAAAACUUUUUCGUUUAAGUAUACAAUGGAACUGAGUAUAUAUAUAUAAAGCAUAUAUAUGUAUAAUAUCCGUCCUUCCGUGGAAAAUUCAUCUUGAUACUAUAUUCUAACGUCAAGAGGUAUAAUAUAAAACUCACAAUCAGGUACUGAAAAUUUUGAAUAAAGAAAAAUACACGCUUCGUCAAA